GGAAUCCUAUGGCAAUAUCGACAGUAUAAAGCUACUCGGCAUUCCGGUAUUGCUACGCACAACGCCCCCUCCAGUCAUUCGUUUUUCUCUCCUCUCCAAUUGGCACAUCCCACAUCAGGCCCUGUCCUACUUUUCAGCUCAUCGAUGCCUUGUGAUCGGUGCUCUACUUUUUCUCGUACUCGUCAGUAUCACAGCCGCUGCCGUCUUGAGGCUGCGGCAUCGUGCAAGAGGAAGAACCUAUCAUCCGAGGUUCGACCUCCGGGCCGUCAACAUGCCCGAUAAUCAGCCUGGCACUCCGUACAUGCUCGAAGCGAAGGUGCCCAAUCAGCUCGGUCCGCAGACUGAAAAAGGGACGUCGGGCUCGGAACCCAUGGGAUCGGGACAGCCGAUCGCAUUUACAAGGCCCCCCGAGCCCCUCCCAGGUCCCGAAAACCAUCCCUUCUUCGCCGACGUCGCCGGGCCGCUGUCGCCGUCGGCCGAGACGAAUCCCACGUUGCCCUCUCCCGUCACCCCUCUGGAGAAUGCUGCUGCGCAAAACGACACCACCAUGUCGGAUGAUGGUCCACCGUCAUUGUCGAAUGUACCGCCCCCUUCUUUUCCCACCAUCAGACCUCUUUCCCCUGCCGCUCUCGCUCCUACUGCCACCCCGACGCACGCCACUGGGCGGGAUGAUGACGACGGAACCGCAGAUCGACCAACCGAUGCGCCGGCUAAGACUUCAACGCCCUUGAAGACGAGCGCGUACUCGUAUCGCUAUCGACUGCCUCACGGAGGCACCGACACGGAGCCGGGUACCACGAGCAAAGAAGUGCACAUCCAGGGGUUCCUGUGGCAUGGUCGCUCGUGGAGGAGGAACAUGUGGUUUGCCGAAGUGGCCGCGGCGGAUGGCAUGGUGGAAGGGACUGAGCGGAGCCCGUCUUCGGAACGGGAGAUAUCGGCAUGAUGCGUGCUUUCGGCCGGUUCCUAGCAUUGGGUGUUCCCUAGGAGGAUAUGGUAUCAGAUUGGAUGACUUGGGGGUUUUCAAUAGGAGUUUGGUCUGGCUGGAUAGCCUGGCACGUUUGUCCGGAUCGCGGUUCUGGGGAACGCAUUGGGGAUAUAUGACCGCCUAUUCAUGGUCACGAUUGAAAUAUAACUGGGCGGAGCCAUCGUAGUUUUUCAGCCCUUGCGUUGGCGAAAUGUUCGAUUCGAUGAACAGAAGUUGCAUCUCGAUUCCACACCA